AUGGUGGUGGCGGCGCUGGGCCGAGCGGCGGGGCGGCUGCUGCGGACCGGGGCCGCCGUGCCCGGGCGGCGGCGCGCGGGCGGCGGGGUGCACAUCCCGCCGCGGUACCGGCAGUUCCCGGAGCUGACGCGGGCGCAGGUGAUCCGAGGCGAGGCGCUCACCGGCUUCAUGUGGUUCUGGAUCCUCUGGCAGUUCUGGCACAACUCGGACAUGGUGCUGGGACAUUUCCCGUAUCCCGACGCUUCGGCCUGGACGGACGAGGAGCUCGGCAUCCCCCCGGACGAUGAGGAAUAGCAGCACACCGCUCUAAACCAAAAGCUCCAACUACUGCUGAAGGGAGCAUUGAGGAGGUCCUUCUUCUGCUCUGCGUGGUGGGAAAAUGAUGAGCGAAACAGUUCUCAGGUUUUUCUUCUGUUAUUUUCAGGUUCCUGGAACUAACUGAGGCCCCUGGAACCAAAUCUUUGGCUCCUGGGUCCUUAUGUGAAUAAAACUGUAAACAAAGUCUAAGCUGAACUGUAAUUUUUUCCUAUUUUAAGUAGAAUUCUUGGAAAAUGACCAUGACAGCUUUAAAGUUGUAGUACUUGGAUACACGUGAGCUUCUGUAAUGCCUGCUUGAUAGAGAAUGUGCUUGCCCCAAGAAAUAAGGUCCAUGAGUGCAUGGCAGGCAACAGUCUUAUCAGUAAAGGCUCUGCUGAAUAACCAGUGAAGAGGUGAGGGGAAAUUGCCAUAGAAGCCGGAGAAUUUACCCAGAAGAGAACCCAGACCAGAUGGUGCCAGCCUUUUCCCAGGAUGAAGGAAAACUCCCCUUGGGAAUAUAAAAGUUCAGAAUAUUAAAGGUAAAAAUGCCUUAGGGCUCAGCACAGCAGUCAAGGAGGCAGUGAUCCAGUUUAAGAUGAAGGGAGGGAGGGAGGGUUACACUGCAGGAAUCCCUUGGUUUUAUUUUUUAUUCUUCUCCCCUUCCAGAGUUAUAUCCUAAACUUUUUCACUCCCCUUAACCACCUGAGUUGCACCCCUCCAACUUUGUGGAGAGGAGUCAUGCAUGACACAAUAAACAAUCUCCUUCAGACUUUUCCAUGCAGUCAAUCUUUAUUAUAGCAGUAUUCUCAUAUUCACAUCAAGUACAUAGAACUUUUUGCCUUUCAUAUAAUACAGAGUUCUUUAAAUAACUUUACACUGAAAUAGUUUUCUUCAAUCUGAAUUCAGCUAUCAAAUUUUAAUAUGUUUUAAGUCUCCAUGCUCUCUAACCAAACUGGACAAUAUUUCCCAUUGUACAAAUUUACAUGAGAAAAACUCCAAAGUACAAAUGAAGGGACAACAAAAGUAAAGGGAGAAGGAACAAACAAGAAAAAUAAGUUGUAUUGGCAAUUACAGGGGAAACUUGAGAAGGAACGAAGGGGAGUUGCCAUGACCUACCUAACAGGAAACCAAAAAUAAACAUUUUGUUAUGAAUUAAAAAAUAAAUACAAGUUUUGAAACAAUUACUCCAUUGUAGAUUUUAAAAAGCAGCUAUGGAAAUCUACUAACACAAUGGGUUGGUUUUUUUUUUUUUUUAAGUAACCAGACUGGACCUUCUACUUUGCAGUCAUAAGCCCCUUGCAAACCUCUGGUGGUCAAAAGAAAAAAAGAAUAUAGCUGAAAGGAAUGUGUUAGCAGAGAGUUUAAAGUGGUGGGACAUACAUUUCAUUGCACUAAGGAACAAACAAACAAAAGAAAUUAAAUCUGUAUAUAAAUUUCCCUUUCCUCUCCUUACUAUGUACUUUGCCUCUCAUAAACAAGCCUCUGUAUUAUGAGGUAAUGCCAUUGUCUCAACUAUAUAUAAAAAUAAUAAAGUUUAAAGGAUAUAGAUCCGGGUAUCUAUACACUUUAAACAAGCCAGUCCUCUCUUACUCCCCCAGAGGGUCCAACCAGUGAGUGCUACCCCUUCCAUCACUGCUCAAUGCCUGGGGCUCCCCUGGGCAGCCCGGGACACCUGUGCCCCUUUCCUAAUCUAGGAAAAGCAGCCUGUGCUCAAGUAAGAAAGAGAGACAGUGCAAGUAAUGCACAACAGCUUGCACACAGCUACACCUGCUCCUGCUGAACAAGGCAGAGUCACACAGGCAGCAGUGGCCAGCCUGCAUGUGUGUGUGUGUGUGUGUGUUGGGGCAGGGAGAGGGGAUCCCAUCAGGCAGCUGAUGGCUGAUCCUUUUGCAAUUGCUGCAGAGCAAAGUCACUGCCCAGCCCAGCAGAGCCUGCAUUACACCCACCUGGAGAAGGGAGGGCCGGGAGGAGCUCUGCCCUUGGAGUCAGGAUGAGCACAGAGCAGAUGGGCUGGCUCCUGCAUCCCAGGUAGGGACAGACCCUGCUCUAGAGCACAGGGCAGCACUGAGCCCAAGAGCAUUUCAAGAGUGGAACAGAAGUAGGGGGCAGGACUUGCCCCUGUUUGGGACUUUGCCCCAAACAGCAAUUUAAUUUGGGUUGCCAACACAUGCAAGUUGGCCACUGUCAUGUUUCUGUCAGUUGACAAGUGUGGAGAGGGGGAGGAAGGGGAGGCAGGUAGGACACAAGGCUCAUGAAAGAAUGAUGUGCUUUUUUUUUUGGUUGACUUUUUUUGUGGUUUUUCUUUUUCUAAAGGUUCACAGCUUUGAAUAAAAAAGCACAUUUAUUGCACUUACACUUUAUUUUAGACAGAGUUAAUUUAAAUUAUGCCCUCACAACCCCCCACCAUCCCCAAAUAACCCAACACCCAAGUUUGGUCCAUUUUUCCCCCUAGAUCCAACAUCCAUGCCCAGGUGAUGGGCUUCAUUUCUUCUCCUAAAAUACCACUGAACUCUCAAACACACAGAUGGAUUUUCUCUUCAACAAAGGUGAAUAUACAAAUGCAACACAGAAUGACACUUAUCAAAACAAAACCUGACCAUCUUCCAAACCCAAAUAAACAACAAAAAAGUUUUUUGUGGUUUACUUGCUCAAAAGUAAAUAUCACACUAGGCUUAUUCUAAAGCACAGCUGCUGCAAACAUGACAAACUAGACAAAAUGACUGGACAGGCCACUAUUGGCUCUUGAGGAGGCUGGGUGAGCUGAACACACUGCUGCUGGAUGCUAUGAAGCAAAUAUUAGGUAGUUUAGAA